AACGGUUCCUUCUGACUCAUUUAGAAAACAAUCUAUCUUCCUUCGUGGAGCUGCGCGCUGGGUGUCAGGAUAUGCCUGAUUCUAGUUUGAGAAAGGCUGGUUGGAACGCACGCAGGAGAGAGCAGAUGAAGCAAACGGAGGUAAGCGCGCACUCGAGCUGAGAAGCCGUUUUUCCCUGGAACGCGCACAAACAGAGCGCUGCUGGUGAGGCAGCAGACAGCGGGGAGCAGGAGGAGGGCGCACAACUCAGACGCGCAGUGGCAGCUUUUCUUGCGUCGAGCUGGAGUAUGGUCCAUCAGAUUUUUGCCUUCCAGUUUAAUCAAACUUUUGGAUCUUAUUGGAACAGAGAGGAGGAAGAUCCCUGAGGAGGAACUCAUGGGUUUGGGAGCGACGCCAGCGCUUUAGAGCCACGGAGCCAAAGAAACAUCCAGUCAUGAUUUGGGUGACAUUUUUGCCAUUUUUGAUUUCGUGCGUGUGCGGGAACAGGACUCUGGACCCUGUGCCGUUCUUUCAUGGACACGUAUUUGAGAACUCGCCUGCUGGUUCGCGGGUCAACGGACUGAGCGUCCCGUUAAAGCGUCUGAACUCGCACCGGCUGUGCGGUACCGGAGAAUCCAGCUCCGCUGCAUCGCACUUCAAACUCCUGGGAGACGGCAGCGAUGAUUUCCACAUCUUUGCGCACCACAACUGGGGACACGUUUUACUCAAGACUUCCAGGGUUUUGGACCGGGAGGAGCGUGCUGAGUACGCGCUGGGUCUGGGUUUGUGCUGCGGGCAAUGCUCGGAGCUUUCCUGGGGCGAAGAGGACGCGUUUCGGCGCGUGGCGGAGGUCGCGUCCAUCAAGGUGGAUGUUCUGGACACCAACGACCACGAGCCCACGUUCCCAAGCGCCGAUGUGAGGCUGAGUCUGGAUGAUGCCACUGCGCUCCGGACCACGGUCUGCUCGUUCAGCGCGCAGGACGAGGACAGCGGGAAGAACGCGGAGCUCAUUUACUUUGCUGUGCCCAGAAACGGAACAUUCUACGCCGUGCCCAAAACCGGGGACGUUCUCCUGGUCGACUCCAUCCUCGGUCUGGACGAACCGAUUAAGUUUAGAGUGUUUGCGCGUGACCGUGGGUGGCCACCUCGCACCAGCCAAAGUAUAUAUGUGGAAAUCAACCCCAGGCAGUGGCCCGUGGCGCCCUCAGCGUGCCCCCAACCGGAAAAGGUUAACCCGCAACAAGCGCGACGGUCUCGAUCCAUCCCGGAGUCCGAAAACCCGGUCUUCAUCAGCGUGUCGGAGGACGCGGGAAUCGGUUCGGUGGUGAUGAACUUGAACCCGGUGCGAUUUCACGCUGCAGCCUUUGAGUUGGUGGAGCCGGACGCGGAGAGUUCCCCGGUCAGCGUGAGCCGAGACGGCGGCGAUUUGGUCAUACUGCGGCGGCUGGACCGGGAGACUGAGCCGCUGGUGGAGAUCACGGUCAAGGUGCAAGAUAAAAGAGGUCCUGAGUGGUACAUGGUCAGGGUGGAGUUGACAGUGACUGACGUGAAUGAUAACGCCCCAGAAUGGAGCAUGGUUCCAAGUCCUUACCUCGCAGUGGUCCCCCCUGAUGCUGCAGCUGGAUCAGUCAUCUACAAACUCAACGCUCUGGAUGGAGAUGAAGGCCUGAACGGUGAAGUGGAGUAUUUCCUGUCAGAUGGUGGUGAUGGUCGUUUUGAGGUGGACAGGAAGAGUGGCCAGGUGCGGACAACGGGCCUUCCUCUGCAGCGGGACAGGGAGUACCUGUUGACUGUGGUAGCCGCUGAUGGGCUGGGCAGUCGCAGUGCUCCAGCUGUCAUCUCUGUGGUUGCUGGAGCGCGGCCGCCACAGUUCACCAACGCCUCCUUCACCAUCGCCAUCCCAGAAAACACCCCUGAAGGACAGCCCUUCUUGGCAACACCUGCUGUGUCCUUCCAGAAGAAACCAAUCAGCUACAGCCUCCUCAUCAAUCCCAGCAGUCUGUUCUCCAUCUCAGCAGAGACGGGUGAAAUCAGCCUGACCCGCGCCAUCGAUUACGAGAGCGACCAACAUCGUUACUUGCUACUGGUGCGGGCCAGCGAGGGUCAGGACAGCAUGAGCAGUGCAGCAGAGGUGCGAGUGGUUAUUGUGGACGAAAACGACUGCGUUCCAGAAUUCCUUCAAUCAAUUUACAGUAAGGACAGCGUUCCUGAGACCGUAACUACUGCCACAUCCUUGUUGCAAGUGUCAGCCAACGACUGUGACUCUGGGGCCAAUGCAGAUUUGACCUACUACACCAUCAGUCCAGAUUUCACCAUUUCUCCUCACGGAACCAUCUUCCCAGCGGGCCUGUUGGAUUAUGAACGGCCCAAUCACCUGUACGAGUUUGUUGUCAUGGCUGUCGACAGGGGUGGUGUCCCUCGCACCGGCACAACAACUGUACGGAUCAGAAUGGCCAAUGUGAACGAUGAAGCGCCUGAGUUUUCUCAACACAUAUAUCGGACCUUUGUUUCUGAAGAUGCGGGCCCCAACACACUUGUGGCCACAGUGCUGGCCAAAGACCCUGAUGGGGAUGGGAUCACCUAUAAAAUCACCACAGGAAACGAGGAGGGCAAUUUCGUCAUUGACAAUCAGAAAGGUUUGAUCCGGCUGCGCUCCAGCCCACCACCUCGCCUGCAGGGAGUGGAAUACAUCCUUAAUAUCACGGCCACCGAUGAUAACGCCUCAGGCGGACCUCAGGCACUGUCAUCCACAGCCCAGGUCAUAGUUGGAGUGGACGAUGUGAACAACAACAAGCCUGUCUUUGAGAAAUGUCAGCAGUACCGGGAAAGCACAUCAGUCCUGGAGAACCAGCCGGCAGGCACAUUUGUCCUGCAGGUUCACGCUGUGGAUGCAGACGAAGGCUCCAACGGCCGGGUCACUUAUGGCUUCAUGCAUAAAGACUCUACAGUGCCUGCAUUCAGUAUCCACCCUGAUACCGGAAUAAUUGUGACGGCCAGGAAAUUUGAUCGUGAACGCCAGCGGGAGUUCGCAGUGACCGUGACCGCCACAGACCAAGCAGCGGAUCCUCUGAUUGGCAUUUGUCAGCUAAACAUUCUCAUUCUGGACCAGAACGACAACAGCCCCAAGUUUGAAAACAUCCGAUAUGAAUACUUCCUUCGUGAGGAUACCAUGAUUGGAACCAGUUUCCUGCGGGUGGCAGCUCAUGAUGAUGACUUUGGAACCAAUGCAGCCGUUACGUACAGCAUGUCCAGUGAGCAGCCCGAGUACCUCAGGGUCAGCCCACUAACAGGCUGGGUGUUCGUCAACCAGCCCAUCUCACAGAGAAGCUACAUCUCCAGGGAAAUUGUGGCUACAGACGGAGGAAACAGGAGCAGUUCAGUGGAGCUGGCAGUUACCAUCACCAACGUAAAGAACCAGCCCCCGCAGUGGGAGAACGACACUUACAGCGUGGUCAUACCAGAAAACACUGUUCGGGACACACCCAUUGUGACCAUCAAAGCCACCUCACCUCUUGGAGAUCCAAGAGUAACUUACAAUUUGGAGGAUGGUAUGGUCCCAGAGACCAACAUGCCUGUCCGCUUCUACUUGACCCCGAACCGAGAGGAUGGUUCGGCCUCCAUCCUGGUUGCAGAACCCCUGGACUACGAGACCACCAGAAAUUUCAUUCUGCGAGUUCGAGCUCAGAAUGUCGCUGCUGUUCCUUUGGCCGCCUUCACAACCGUCUAUGUCAAUGUCACUGAUGUGAACGACAACGUCCCGUUUUUCACAUCUUCCAUCUAUGAGGCUUCAGUCACUGAAGGAGCAGAUUCAGGGACUACGGUUUUCCAGGUUUCAGCCAAUGACCUUGACCUGGGUCUUAAUGGCAAGAUUUCUUACUCCUUGCUGGAGGAUCGCAGCGGGGACCAUCAGUAUUUCCGUAUUGACCCAGAGCUAGGCUUUAUCUACACCCAAGCUGUGUUUGACCGAGAGACCAAGAGCUCAUACCUGUUGGAGGUUCAGUCUACAGACGGUUUGGAGUCAGCAAGACCUGGAAAGCACGGUCAACCCAACUCAGACACAGCAUAUGUUCGUGUUUUUAUCAGCGACGUCAAUGAUAACAAGCCAACAUUUGGACAGGCGUUUUAUGAAGUUGACGUGGACGAGGACGCCGACGUAGGCUUUGCUGUUCUCACAGUCAGCGCCAAUGAUGGGGAUGAAGGUGGAAAUGCCAAGCUACGGUACCAGAUUACAUCAGGAAACACGGGGGGAGUGUUUGAUGUCGAGCCAGAGGUGGGCACGAUCUUCAUUGCUCAACCUCUGGACUAUGAACAAAAUAAAAGGUACAAGCUCCAUAUCCUGGCCUCAGAUGGGAAGUGGGAAGAUUAUACAACUGUGACAGUGAGUGUGGUCAAUAAAAAUGACGAGGCUCCGGUGUUCACCGUUAACGAGUACUACGGCAGCGUAACCGAGGAGCUGGAUGGGUCGCCUGUGUUUGUGCUUCAGGUGACGGCAUCUGACCCAGAUAAGGACGCUGACCAGGAGGCCCUGCGUUACUCCCUCCAUGGUCAGGGUGCAGAGAGUGAAUUCAUAAUAGAUGAGGUCUCAGGCAAGAUUUACGCCCAGCGGACCCUGGACCGCGAGGAACGAGCUGUUUGGCGUUUUGUUGUCCUUGCAACAGAUGAGGGUGGCGAGGGCCUGACAGGCUUCACAGAUGUCAUCAUCAAUGUGUGGGACAUCAAUGACAAUGCACCCAUCUUCCCUUGUGCUCUCAGCUGUCAUGGAGAUGUAGCAGAAAACUCUGUAAUAGGAACUUCUGUCAUGGAAAUGACUGCAACUGAUCUGGAUGACUCCGCUGUGGGGCAGAACGCUGUGCUUUCCUAUAGAAUAGUGGGCAGUAUGGAUGCCACUAACGCUGCCUUAGGAGGAGUACCCACAUUCUCAGAAAUGUUCACCAUCAACCCCAUUACAGGAACGAUCACUGUGGGAUUAGGAGGUCUGGACAGAGAACAAGUCGAGUCCUACCUAAUUGUUGUGGAGGCCAGAGAUGGUGGAGGGAUGGCAGGAACUGGAACUGCAACCAUUCAGGUCAAGGAUGUUAAUGACCAUGCUCCAAGGUUCACAGAUCAUUCCUGCCUGGCAAGGAUCUCUGAGAAUGCAGAACUCAAUGCAGAGGUCCUGGAGCUUGUGGCAGAAGACCGUGACACGGGAGAAAAUGCCCAGCUGACCUUUAGUGUUGUGGCUGGAGAUCAAGAACAGAAAUUUUACAUGGUCAGUCACAAGCAAGAGCAGCGGGGCAUCCUGAAGCUUAAGAAACGUUUGGACUAUGAACGACACAGUGAGCAGAGGUUCAACCUCACACUGAAGGUUGAAGACCUAGACUUCUCAAGCUUUCUUCACUGUGUAGUCGAGGUAGAGGACUACAAUGACCAUGCUCCUGUCUUUAUUCCACACUUUCUGUCCCUUGCCCCAUUAUCUGAGGACAUCAGCGUGGGAACCAGUGUGGCUCAUCUGGUCGCCAGUGAUUCAGAUUCAGGCCAGAACCGUGAAAUCACUUACAGCCUGUUGGAGGACUCAGAUCCUGAUGGGUUGUUCACUAUUGACCAGUCAGGUGUAAUCUCUGUGGCCCGACCACUGGACAGAGAGAAAUCCCCUCAGCAUCACCUGGUUGUCAUAGCAACAGAUCAUGGGUUUCCACCGCUAAUAGGUAGCGCCACAGUGCAGCUGCCUCUGUUGGACAUAAAUGACAACGGCCCAGAGUUUGAGGCAGCGUAUGCCCCGAUAGUCUUCGAGAACGUGGCUGGACCUCAGGUAGUAAGGUUGAACCAAACAUCAACACUUCUCCGAGCUGUUGACCAGGACUCUCCUGAAAACGGACCACCCUUUCAUUUCACCGUGCCUCCUGAGUAUCGCUAUAGCAACGACUUCUACCUUCAGGACAACUUGAACGGCACGGCAACUAUAACAGCUCUGAGGACGUUUGAUAGAGAACGCCAGAAGGAGUUCCUUCUUCCCAUAGUGAUGAGUGACAGCGGCCAUCCUGCUAGAACAGUGACCAGCACCCUAACUGUGACCAUUGGUGAUCAGAAUGAUCACCCACAUGUGGCAGGGGAGAAGCAGAUCUCCAUCAACAGUCACAGAGGUCGAAUGCCAACAACGGUGCUUGGGAAGGUCUACGCCCCGGACCCCGAUGAUUGGGACAACAAGACGUAUGUCUUUGAAGGUCAUAUGCCGAGUUACUUCAUCCUGAACAAGCGAACUGGUUUUCUUAUCAUCAAAGAGAACACUCCUCCAGGCACCUACCAGUUCCAGGUGCGGGUCUCGGAUGGGGCUUGGCCAGACGCUGUAUCCACUGUCACUGUGCAUGUGAAGGAGCUCCGUGAUGAUGCCAUCUACAACUCGGGGUCCCUUCGUCUGGCAGACAUCACAGCGAAGGAGUUCCUUGAGCUGAGGGGAAAACAGCGCAGCCGCUACGAACUGCUCGUGGACUUCCUGUCGGAGAUGCUCUCCGUUCCACCUGACGGAGUCAACAUCUUCAGCCUAAUGGAUGUGAGAGAACGAAUGCUGGAUGUCCGCUUUGCUGUGCACGGUGGCCCUUCCUUCCUCCAGCCAGAGAAGAUGCAUGGUUAUUUGGCGGCCCACAAACAAAAGCUUCAGUCUUUCCUGCAAGUCAGCGUGUUUCAAGUCCGUGUGGAUGAGUGCACCAGUUCAGAGUGCAGCAGUGCAGGAGGCUGCAGCAGUACUUUGAAUGUGCGGGACACACCCACAGUGGUGGACUGUGGGACUAUGAGUCUAGUAUCUGUGACGGUGGAGUCCACUGCCGUGUGCUCAUGCCCAGGUAGAGAGCAGUCCCAUCAGUCCUGCACCAUAUAUCCCAGAAACCCCUGCUUCAAUGGUGGCAUUUGUGUGGACACUCAGCAUGGCUACAGGUGCCAAUGUCCAGCUCAGUUUGAGGGACCAGAGUGCCAGCAGAACAAGCACAGUUUCCAUGGCAACGGCUAUGCCUGGUUUCCUCCCAUGACGCCGUGUUUUGACAGCCAUGUGUCACUGGAGUUCAUCACGGAUGUAGCCGAUGGACUGCUGCUGUACAGCGGGCCGCUGGCCCAGCUGCAAACCUGGGACCACGAGGACUUCAUGGCCAUGGAGCUAAUAGACGGAACCCCCACCUUAAAGAUCAACCACGGCUCCGGUACACUGGUGCUACAGUUGCCAGGGAACAUCAAUGUGGCAGACAGGCGCUGGCACCGCCUGGACGUCCGCAGCAACAGCAAGGAAGUCCGCUUCACCUUGGAUCGAUGUUCUGGGGCACCAGUAAAGGAAAUGGAGGGUCUGGGCAGCUGGUUGACCACUGAAGACCACUCCACCUGUGAGGUGACAGGUGUUACGCCAAACACAGACAGACACCUGAACAUGAGCCAAGUACUCCAGCUUGGUGGCGUAAAUGAGGACAUCCCCUACAUCUACCCUCAGCUUCAGCACAAACACUUCACCGGCUGCAUUCGCAACCUCGUUGUGGAUAGCAAGCUGUAUGAUUUGGGCUCCCCGGCCGACUCCCAGUCCAGCUCCCCAGGCUGCCUGACCACAGAUAGCAGUUGUGUCAACAUGGGGUAUCCGUCCUGUGGCCAUCGGGGUCGCUGUCAUGGUGAGUGGGGCUCCUUCAGCUGCCAGUGUGUAGCCGGAUACACGGGACACCAGUGUGAAGAAGAAGCCCGGGAGUUUUCCUUUGACGGCCACAGUCACGUGCACUACCAGCUGGCAUCUCCUCUGCCUGCCCGAAGAACGUGGAUCCAAGUCCUGGUUCGAACCCGCAAACACAGCAGCGUCAUCAUCCACCUGGUCUCCAGGGAGCAGACGGAGUACCUGCGACUGGAGAUCUUUCAGGGCCUCCUUUGUAUUUUCUACAACCUCGGCGAUGGAAACUACAACCUAACUCUACCCAGCUAUCGCCUUGACAAUGGCGAAUGGCACGAGGUCUUCUUUGAUCGGCAUGACAACGAGUUGACUCUGAGACUUGAUGGUGGAGGAGGACAGCGGGAGGUGACGGGAACAUGGAGCAGAAGUAGAGAAAUCAUCAUUGAUCCCACAGCUGUGAUGCUGGGAAACGCCUUCCCUUCGGGAAUCAACAAGAGCUUCCAAGGCUGCAUGAGGGACGCACGCCUCAAUGGUCGUUAUAUGCCUCUGGACAGUCAGCCAAGGGAUGGGGUUUCCCAGGUCAGCAUGCAGGGACUCUCUGCUGGGUGCUCGUCAGACUCCUGCAAAAGAAACCAGUGUAACCCCCCCUUUACCUGUGUUGACUUGUGGAGAGUUCACGAAUGCAGAUGUCCUCCUGGGCACAUGAUCCGUGUGAAUGGGACCAGAAAGUUCUGCGUGUACACCCUGUGUGCGACGCGGCCUUGUCACCGUGGUACCUGUGUAGCCCAGACGCCCUCCAAGUUCACGUGUCACUGCCCCGAGGGCUACAGAGGACGGCACUGCGAGACGGCGCUGGCUGUGUACAGGGAGGAUGUGGGCCUGAGCUUCAGCUCGCUGUUUGCCAUCUGUAUCUGCUUCAUGGCCUUACUGGCGCUGCUGCUGGGCAUCUUCCUCUACACUCGCUGGAGGUCCUACAAGGGGCUGAAGGAGGGCGUGUACCACGUCUCGGCACACCACGACGGCUGGGAGGACAUCCGAGAGAAUGUGCUCAACUACGAUGAGGAGGGAGGCGGGGAGGAGGACCAGAAUGCUUACGACAUGGCAGAGCUGCAGAAGUCCCUCCAGCCGAGCCCCGCCCAGUCGGUCCAGUACUGCCGCUCCAGAGCCCUGCACCACCCGCCUCCUUCCCAUCACCACCACCUCCUCCACCAGGCGACCGCGGCCACGCCCUCAGCUCAGUCACUGGACCCCCUCAGCCGCACAUCCAGCUCCACCACCCUGCCGCCCUCUGCUGCCUCCACGUCAUCCACCACCACCACCAGCCUCCGCAGGGACGUGCCCCCCACAAGACCCCCAGCCCAGGGCCAGGCUCGCCCCCCCCAGCUUGCCAGACGCUCCUUGUCCUUCUCCAGUCAGGACCUGGCUCGCUACCUGUGUGAGAUCAUCCGUGACGCGGACCAGCACCCGGACUCGGGACCUUUUGACUCCCUUCAGGUGUUCUCCACUGAGGGAGGGGGCUCACCUGCCGGCUCCCUCAGCUCCUUCAGCUCAGCAGGGCUGGAUGUGGGCAGCUCAGGGGACGGGGCUGGACAGGCCGUGAGGGAGGAGACGCUUGGCGAGUGGGGGCCGCGCUUUGAGAAGCUGCGGGCGCUUUAUGAACGAGCCGAGGCCAGCGACCUCUGAACCCAAACCCGGCUGGGCCCUGGUGACGGGCUGCGUGAACAUCAGCUGUCAGACGCUUACAGAGAAACGAGAGGAAACGGACAAGUCUCGCUCCUGCCGACCAAGCAGGUGGCCUAACAGACACAUGAAACGGAUCCCUGUGAGACUUUCCUCACCUCCAUCAGAACCGCUCACUAAUGGGUCACCGGUGCAAACGGGCUCCAGUUAGACAAGUUUUAUCACCUUGCUGCUGAACAAAACUUCUGUACAUAAGAACGACGGUUCCACCUGAUCUGGGACCAGAUCUGCAGAGAUCCAGAGAAGCGUGUUCCUGCAGCUUCUGUUAAUACUCGUACGAGAGGAAAACACAACAACUCUGACCAUCUCUGGGCGCCUGGGCCGGGUUUUAUUUAUUUGAAUUGUUCUUUUGUUGCCGUCUUCUGCUGGGUUGGGUAAUUCUGUAUUUGUUGGCUGUUUCAAAGCUCAGCGGGUUGUACGACAUCAAGCUCUUUCUGCUCAGUACCGCGCUCGCGUCUUCAUUUGAUUUCCUAUUCUCAUUCGCACGCCGCCGCCGAUCGUUCCCGCUCACCCAAGGGGGCUGCUGGGGCCGCACAAAAAUUCAAACAGAUUCGUAACAAAGAGGUGGACGUGUGGACGGAGGCGGGGGGGGGACGCCAGCUCUGUUGCUGUUUGACGCGCGCGCCUUCUCAGGCAUACCAAACGCCGGCGCUCAGCGCGCCGACCGCACCGCAGAAUACAAACUACAGGCAGACGCUUUCCAAGGUGACUACUCAACAAACACAAAUAAAGGCAGCGGGGGACUGGAGGAGAUGGAUGAGCGUGAUACACCAGCCACAACACACUCACUGAACUUAUAAUUGUGCAUUAAAGUCCUCCGGUGAAUUCCCACAACCUUCCUCGUGCCACAAGGGCUGAUGGGUGUUUUUUCCUGCAGCUCUUCCCAAUCCCGUUCCUGGUGAGAACAAUUUAUCUUUAAAGAACAAAAAAGGCAAGAAGCAGAAAUACAGCAGCAGAAGGGAAGCGGGAGCAGCUGCUCUCACCUUUCAUAAAGAGGAGGAUGACAUGGUGGAGGGUUGAAUCAGGGAGGCGGAGAGCGGCUGGCACUUUGUUACACAGCAAACACACAUCUGUCCUCUCCCACUUUUCAUCUGGGGUUUCGGUUUCUUUGUGUCCAAGUCGGCAGCGGGAGGUUAAAGGUCAGGAGUGUGUGAAAAGAUGUCAGGUCCCUGAUCCUAAAGGAGCUGAUGGCUGCCUGGACAAACCAAAGGUCCAGGCCCAGAUUGCAGCUCUCUACUGACUUGUAGUUUUCAGUCGAAGCUCCUGUCGUGCGUCGAAACGACUCGGCCAACAGUCACGAGGCUCAGAGCCGAUCCUGAAAGGCUUCUGUUGAUUUUCUCCACUGGACGACAGGGAUUUAGGGAUGUUUGUAUUUAAUUCCUCCUUUGAGCGAGGCUGAGCCUGAGCCACGGAGGUGCAGGGUGGAGACGCUUCAUCCUGCGCUGAAUCAACAUUCAUCUGUACCAUAAUUCCUACAUGUUGUGUUCGGGGUGCAGACUUGUUGUGAAUAAGGUUCAUGUUUGUACCUCAUUUGUAAAUACAGAGAUUAAAUAUUGCUUUUUGUCAGGAAAAGCAGCAUAGGUUUGAAAUGUGCAGCAUAAGAGGAAAAAGAGUUUAACUGAACAUAUUUUCUACCCACAUGAUGGUGAUGAGCUUUCGACGGUUAUAUAAGUGUUUUGUAUUUGCUUUGAUCUCCUUUUUUCUCAAUAAAUCCAUUUAUUUGCAGCAGA